UGUUCCGGGGUUCCGCACUGUAGAAUAAGGUGAAUUCUUUCUAGUUUUCAUGAUUUAUUAUUCAUCUUCUGAAUUCGUAAAAUAUAUUACAUAUAUUUUCCAGUAAUUUUACACGUGUCAAAGUGUAAAAUUACAAAUUCUGUUAGAAUUUAAGGCUAAAAAAUGACAGUUAUGGGCCUGUUUUGAGGCUUUGCUAAACUACAACUGAGUUUGAAUUGGCGGUCAGGUUAUUUAUAGAUAAACCUGCUGAGAUGUUCCGUUUCUUUAUCAGCUGUGAAUAAACUUGGCGGUAGUUCGGCACCAGUGGAGGCAGAUAACAGCCUCUUACAUGGAUUCAGACCGGAGGAGACACAGCCGGAGCUGGGACUGGGACAGUCCGGAGUGCCGAGCCCAGCUGGACGACGUCUUCUUCCGACAACAUGACUACAUCCAGGCCGGCAGCCCGGAGCACAAAGAGUUCUGGACCUUCUUCGACCGCUUUCAGAGGUUCAAGACAAAAAGAGACAUGACUGGAUCCGGAUCAAGUCGAAAGGAAGAAAAGAAAGACAGAAAACAGACUGGACAUGUAGACCUCGGACUUCCUAAGGACUAUGAUGCUCGGUACCGGAUUAACGUUUCCGUGUGCACCAGGGACGUCGAGGAGCGUCUGGCGAAAUCUGAGCACAGAGGCAGGAAGUCCUCCUCAGGUCCGGGUCCUCAGGAGGUGUCAGACUGCCGCCUGGCUCUGCUGCACUUCCUGGACUUCAACCAGAGGCAGAGCUUUGGUAAACUGGCCAAACUCCGCCGGGAGCAGAAGAACCUGCCCAUCUUUCAGUACCGGGACCGGAUAGUGGAUCUGGUCAGACGACAUCCUGUGGUAGUGGUCGCAGGGGACACGGGCUGUGGGAAGUCCACUCAGGUCCCUCAGUACCUGCUCUCAGCUGGUUUCAAACACAUCGCCUGCACUCAGCCUCGGCGCAUAGCCUGCAUCAGCCUGGCCAAGAGGGUCAGCUUCGAGAGUCUGAAUCAGUACGGAUCCAAGGUGGGUUACCAGAUCCGUUUCGAGACCUCCCGGACUGCAGCCACCAAACUGCUGUUCCUGACUGAAGGACUGCUUCUCCGUCAGAUCCAGCAGGACCGGACUCUGGCUCAAUACGAGGUAUUGAUCGUAGAUGAGGUCCACGAGAGACACCUCCACUGUGACUUUCUACUUGGGGUUCUGCGCACCUUGUUGGAGAGUCGCCCAGAUCUGCGUCUCAUCCUCAUGUCGGCCACCAUCAACAUCAAACUGUUCUCAGAUUAUUUCAACAGCGCUCCUGUGAUGCAGGUGCCUGGCAGACUGUUUCCUAUACAGGUGAUAUACCAGCCCAUUCCACCUGAGGAACAGGCGUCACGCUCUGAGAAACUGGACCCCAGACCCUACCUGCGCAUCCUGCAGGCCAUCGACCAGCGCUACCCCCCAGAGGAGCGUGGAGACCUGCUCCUCUUCCUCAGUGGUGUGGCGGAGAUCUCGACCAUCCAAGAGGCCUGUCAGAUCUACGCCACACACACCCGGAGAUGGAUCGUCCUGCCUCUGCACAGCACGCUGUCUCUGGCUCAGCAGGACAAGGUGUUUGAUAUCGCUCCCCCUGGGGUGAGAAAGUGCAUCAUCUCUACAAAUAUCGCAGAGACCUCAGUUACAAUAGAUGGAGUCCGCUUUGUUGUCGACUCAGGAAAAGUAAAGGAGAUGAGUUUUGAUCCAAAGGCCAAAAUGCAGCGUCUGCAGGAGUUCUGGAUCAGCAGAGCCAGCUCAGAGCAGAGGAAAGGCCGAGCCGGUCGAACAGGUCCAGGAGUGUGUUACCGCCUCUACGCCGAGUCCGACUAUGACGCCUUCGCUCCGUAUCCUGUCCCUGAAAUCCACAGAGUGGCUUUGGACUCUCUGAUUCUCCAGAUGAAGAGCAUGGGUCUUGGAGAUCCACUCAGUUUCGUCUUCAUUGACCCCCCUCCAGCUGCCAGCAUCCAGACCGCAGUUACUUACCUGAAGGAGCAGGGGGCGCUAGACAGUCAUAGUGAACUCACUUCCAUUGGUAGUUUACUUGCACAGCUACCAGUGGAUGUAGUUAUAGGGAAGAUGCUGGUUCUGGGUUCUUUGUUCAACCUGGUGGAGCCCGUGUUGACGGUGGCGGCGGCUCUCAGCGUCCAGUCGCCUUUUCUACGCAGUUCUCAACACAACCCGGACUGCGCGACCGCUCGACAGCCCCUGCACAGCAACCAGGGAGACCCCUUCAGCCUGCUCAACACCUUCAACGCCUGGGUGGAGGUGAAGGGAGAGCGGGGGGGCGGCUCCAGGAAGUGGUGUCGGAGGAGGGGCCUAGAGGAGCAGAGGCUCUAUGAGAUGGUCAACCUACGCAGACAGUUCAAGGACCUUCUGAGGAGCCACAGUCUGCUGGAGUCAGAGGACAGUGCACCCUCUGCUGGAGACCGUACACAGCGCAGGGACAGGCUGACGGAGAGGAGGAAGCUGCAUCAGCUGAAGAGAGACCACGAACAGCAGGAAGGCAGCAGACGAAAGGUCCUGAGACUGGACGAAGGCCAGGACGGGGACUUCUCCUCCGGGUCAGACUCUGAGGAAAAAGGCAAAGGCAAGAAGGACAAAAAGGGACCAGAACAGGACGUGGACAUACAGGAGGUGAAGUUCAAGUUGCGUCACAAUGUGUCGGAGCUGCAGGACGCGGUGAACGUCAGUCAGGAUUUGUCCUCUCGACAGCAGGCUCUGCUCAAGCUGCUGCUCUGUCGAGGCCUGUACCCUCAGCUGGCCCUGCCCGACGAACACAACAACACCCGCAAGGACUCGGAGCAGGUGUUUCACACGAGGAAUAAGCAGGGAGUCGUGAUCCACCCGACCAGUGUGUUCGCCAGUGACCCCGAGGUGUUACAUGUACCUGAAGAUGAAACCAGAGAGAUGGGGCCCGACAGGAGGGACAGCAGCAGACACCAGCUGCUCGCCUUCGUCACUCUGCUGGAGACCAACAAGCCGUAUUUGUCCAACUGUGUUCGGGUUCCAGCGCUGCAGGCUUUGCUGCUGGUGGCGAACUCUGUGGACAGUAACGCUGACUGCACUCGCCUGGUUGUGGACGGCUGGUUGGAGGUGGAGCUGAGGGAGCAGGAGGAGGCCCUUAACGUUCUGUCCACGGCGCUGACGCUCAGGGCCGAGUGGGAGCGCCUCCUGCAGGCUCAGCUCGGUCAGGGCUCCAUGGGGGUGUCGGGGGUCCAUGGCGUGUCCCGCAAAGCCAUGGAGAAGCUCAGCGAAGGCCUGGUCCGAUUCCUGCUCUACACUGAGGUCAGUUACAGCCUACGUAGACUCGCUGCUUUUCAGACCCAGAACCUGUACGUCGGUCCUCAGUCCGAGUCCGAGCUGUUCGACGCCAAAUCCCAGGGUCUGAAUCCUCUGUUCCCUGGACUUGAGGCCAAACCCGACCCCAUUAAAGGAGGCCUACGAGUCACCAGCUUCUUCACCUACAACUGUCUGACUGACUCGAAGGAUCUGUACAGCGAGUGUUUACGAACCUUCUGGACGUGUCCAAACUGUGACCUGUACAUGCCUCUGACACCGCUGGAGCGAAUGCAGCACGAGGCCUCCUGCAGGCCCAAAGGAGAACAGCACAAUGAAGAUCCAUCAGAUGAAAGAGCCUCCUCCUCUUCCUCAGCGUCCAGUCUCUGCAGAGUUUAUCACUGUGAUAUCUGCAACGAGGAUCUGAAACUCACCUCCACUGAGAUCCUCAAACACAAACGACAGCACAUGUAUUCUGUAAAAUAAACCAACCUGCUCUGAGCCGGACAUGUUCUCUGUUCUAAAACAUGUAUGUGAAAGAAACAGGAUGAGAAAUAAACCUGUAUGUUCAUUUCAACCCUGAAAAACAACAAAGAUAAAAGUGGAAUAAGACUGAAGCAGUGACAGCUUGAAAACCAUUGGAAAAAACAUUUAAAAGAUCAUGAAACACCACCAUUUGUAGUGACUUCAGCAGUUUUAAGGAAAUUAAGGAAAUGUUCCAGAAAAAUCAAAUUUUUGAAACACACUAUAGCCUUACCGUUUUACCACUGGGGGCUCAGUGAUGAUCUCUGUAAUAAAUGUUUAAAACACCAUGAGAUAUGUCUAGUUUCUCGUUUUUCAUACCCCGGAACAGUUUUUGAGCAUAUUUGGGAAAUUUUCCAAAAUUCCCAUUUUUGAAGCACAUACUAUAGCCUUAUCUUCUGACCACUGGAGGGCGAUGAUGAACGUUGGACUCAUUGAUUAAAACACCAUGAAACACAUUUGUACACCUAUCUAUAAUGACCUGGAACUGGUUUUCAACAAAUUUGGGAAUUUUUCUAAAAUUGCAUUUUUUGAAGCACAUACUAUAGCCUUACCAUUUCACCACUGGGGGGUCAGUGAUGACCUUUGUAAUGAAUGUUUAAAACAUCAUGAAAUA